UUUGGCUCGAAGAACAUCUCGGCGUCUCGUAGUGAGUUGAAGAGCACAGGAUUUUCCAGCGAUGGCUGAGGCUGCCAAAGCGAAGCCUGCCGCCGUGGCAAAGAAGCCCAGAUUAGACUGCAUUGAUGGCUGCCGCUUCGCGUUGGUCUUUCCCAUCGUCGUGGCGCACUUCGCUCGCUUCGGCACCAGCAACCUCACUGCGCUGAAACUGCUCACUCAGGAGAACGUGCUGGUGGGCGGAUUCUUCGUGAUCUCCGGCUACGUUUCGGCCUAUACGUCCACCAAGCUGGGCGCUUUGGGUGUGGAGGAGAAGAAGGUGGCAAAUCCAGAGCUCUUCUUUUGGCAGAGGGUCAUGGCCUACUAUCCUCUGCACUUUGUCAGCUCUGCCAUUUUUGCGCCCAUGUUCAUUUGGGUCGAGCGCCAGUUCAACUCCUCUUGGAACAUGAUCGCCUUCAGAGCCAUGUUGAACUUCACCAUGCUCCAAGCGUGGUUCCCCAAGGAGGCGGAGAUUUGGAACCAGCCCACUUGGUUCCUGUCAGCUCUGACCUUCUCCAAUCUGACAAUGCCAACCUUGGUGCUGCCCCAGGUGGCGCAGCUCUCAAAGUCUGGCCUCAACAAGCUUUUCAUGGCUCUCACCGGCAUCUCGUUGCUGCAGAAGGUCUCCUACUCUGAGACCGCACGCUUCCACAGCCAUUUCGAACAUCCGGUGGAUGGGAAGGUGAUGCAUCCCUUGAUCUGGAACCUCACGCGUUUCCAUCCCUUCUGGGCCUUGAUGGAAAUGACCAUGGGCAUUGUCGCCGUGCGCCACGUCAUGCUCGACACGGAAGAGGACAAGAAGAAGCAGCCGAUGAACCCUUUGUGGCUCUUCGUCGCUGCCUACUCCUCGCUGCUGCUUCGUCUCACACAGUUUGACUUCAAUGAUGCCAUCAUUCGCGGUGUGCUCUUCGUGCCCCUCUUCACGAAGUUCCUGAAGGCCAUGCACCGGGACGCCCUGAGCAGCUCCCCCUCGGCGAUCACCCAGUUCUUUGGGUCCAAGCCGAUGGCCACACUGGGCUCCCUGGCCUUUCCCAUGUUCAUUGUGCAUGGGCCCAUUGGUCAGAUCUUCUACAAGAAGGUGAUCGCCAAGAAGCUCUGGGGGAAGCCCAUGCCGCACAGCUUCUUCCCCGCCUAUUUGGCCAUUUGCUUGGGUUUGAGCCACCUGGUGAACGAGUACUUCGUGAAGAGCAAGAAGGUGGCGGCCAUUGGCGGUCAGGUUGCACAGACCUUGGCGAAUUGGACCCAGGGCAUUUUACGAGACAGCGCCUGAGGCGAGAAGUCGAGAUUUUGCUGAAAGAUCACAGGAAAAUGCUGACAGAUCAGUUGUGG